GACAGAUACGGGCCAAGGAGUGGGAGCGCUUGUAUAACAAGCAUUUUGUACAAUACGUUCAGUACUUCCAAAUAAAGGCCACACACAAAUAAUACAGAAGAAAAUUGUUAUUAAACGACAAAUUUCCCGCAAAAGGUUUAAUUUGCAACAAAGACGAUCAUGACCCCAUUAACACUGGAAAAGCUUUUAUGCUCUUCAUUUAAAUAAGUUCAAGGACAAGAAGAGUUGAAGAACAAAGUUUGCUUUUCUGCUGUUCUUUCCCAUUGUAUGGAUACAAAUGUCUACCUCAAAAUUAAAGUGCGACUUGUUAAAUGUCCUACCGUGAACAAGACUGUAAAAUGAGCUCCAGUGUGGACAGAGAUGACAAUAGUAUAUUUGAUGGAUUAAUGGAAGAAGAUGACAAGGACAAAGCAAAGAGAGUUUCCAGAAACAAAUCUGAAAAGAGGCGAAGAGAUCAGUUUAAUGUACUCAUUAAAGAACUUGGUUCCAUGCUUCCUGGAAAUACUCGGAAGAUGGAUAAAUCAACAAUACUGCAGAAGAGUAUAGACUUUUUGCGGAAGCACAAAGAAAUUGCUGCACAGUCUGAAUCUAGUGAAAUACGACAAGACUGGAAGCCCCCAUUCCUUAGCAAUGAAGAGUUUACACAGUUAAUGCUAGAGAUUUCUGUUAUAAAAAUGCAACUGACUCCCCUUGAGGGGGCUUUUGCACUUAGAGCUCUGGCACCCCCUAUAAUAGGUUAUCUACCUUUUGAAGUUCUUGGUACAUCUGGUUAUGAUUAUUACCAUGUGGAUGACCUGGAAACACUUGCAAAAUGCCAUGAACAUUUGAUGCAAUAUGGCAAGGGGAAAUCCUGCUACUACAGAUUCCUGACCAAAGGACAGCAAUGGAUUUGGCUUCAGACCCACUACUACAUUACUUACCACCAGUGGAACUCUAGGCCAGAAUUUAUUGUUUGCACACACACUGUAGUAAGUUAUGCUGAAGUAAGAGCGGAGAGACGACGGGACCUAGGUAUUGAAGAAUCACCACCGGAGGUAACAGUGGAUAAGUCUCAGGACUCUGGUUCAGACAGCCAGCUGAAUACUGUUAGUUUAAAGGAGGCUCUGGAAAGGUUUGAUCACAGCAGGACUCCCUCACCCUCAUCAAGGAGCUCAAGGAAGUCUUCAUCCCAUACAGCAGUAUCAGAAUCAACUUCAACUCCCAAAAAACUACAGAUAGACACUGGAACACCACCUCGGCAAUCUGUGGCUUCAGCUAUUGAGAUGAAUUCACAGAGAAGAUCUUCAGUGAGUAGUCAAGUGAGUAUGCACUCAAUGAGCUCACAGAACACAAGUCAGGCUAUCACUCCCUCGAUGAUAUCUCAGCAGUCCCAAACUUUGCAAAUACAGCAAAAUAUACCACAGCCAUCAUUGCAGUUCUCAGCUCAGCUUGGAGCAAUGCAGCAUCUCAAAGAUCAACUAGAACAGCGAACACGCAUGAUUGAGGCAAAUAUUCAGAGACAACAAGAAGAGUUAAGAAAAAUCCAAGAACAGCUCCAGUUGGUUCAAGGACAGGGACUUCAGAUGUUUCUGCAGCAGCCUGGAGGUGGAAUUAAUUUUAGCUCUGUACAACUUGCCACUGGAAGUACACCUACACUGCCGCAAGCCACUUCUAUUACAAUGCAAGGACAGGUUGUUCCAGCAAGUCCAGUUCAAGGAGGAGUGAGCAGUGGGCAUAUCAACACGCAUGUCAUACAGCAGCAGUCUCUCCUGAGGGAUCAGACUACUACCUUAACACAGUCUCAACAACAAUCCUUGCGAACAACACACAACCAGCAGACCUCUCUUACCAGCCAAACUCAGAACACACUCCCUCCCUCUCUGUAUAACACUAUGAUGAUCUCACAACCUGGAUCUGCCAAUGUGGUACAGAUUGCAUCUAGUUUAGCCCAGAAUACCAAUCCAGGUGGAGCAGUGGCCACUUUUACUCAGGAUAGACAAAUUCGAUUUCCUCAAGGACAGCAGCUUGUGACCAAAUUGGUAACAGCACCAAUGGCCUGUGGUGCAGUCAUGGUACCAACCACUAUGUUCAUGGGUCAGGUGGUGACAGCAUAUCCUACUUUCGCAGCUCAGCAGCAGCAGCAACAAACAAUAUCAAUAACACAGCAACAACAAAACCAGCAGGAACAGCAGCAAAAUGCAGUUCAACAGCCUACCCAAGCACAAGCUCAGCUAUCUCAUCAGCCUCAACAGUUUAUGCCGGCUUCUCGAUUACUUCAUGGCAGUCAAUCUACACAGCUUAUUCUUUCAGCUGCUUUCCCUAUACAGCAACAGGGCACUUUCACCCAAGCCCACCACCAGCAACAGCAGUCACAACCACAAACACAGAAUCUGUCACGACGUAGGACUGACAGCAUGUCUGAUCCUUCCAGUGUGCAGCUUCAGUAGCUGCAGUGGAGAUUGAGAAACACCAGGUUACUGCCUUCCUGUCAAAAAAUUGCACUGAAGUCAUAAGUAAUCCAGAAGGCAUAAUAAUAGUUUUACCGUUCAGCUUUUGAAAAUGAAACAAUUUUCAAAUUGAAGAAACAAAUGGAAAAAUGUCUACAUGGUGAAUUUCCAUUAUACCUAAGGAAUACUUGAGAAGAGAAAACUUUUUGAUUGCAUUGGAAUUUCCCAAAUUCCUGUAUUCUAAAGAAGAAUGCACUGCCAAGCAUUAGAUAAGUAGAGGUUCUAAUUAAGGAAUUAUAGAAAUGCAGCACUAAUACAAGUUAUCCUUUGACUUAUUUUACAAUUGCAUUUUUUGAUGCAGUUGUUUUGAUUUUAUGCAGUGUUAAAGCAGUAAUGCUGCUGCCUUUAUUUCUGAUAAUUAUGCUUUAGAAGAGUCCAAAGGACAUUUUAUUCAUGUCAGACAAUUAUGGGUCAGAAAAUAUUUUUCAGAAUGUCAUAUGAAUUCAACUUUAUUGUACAAAGAACUGUAAAAUAAUGUGUAAAUAAUAUGGAUAAAAGGAAAGAGAAUAUUUUAUAUGACGCAUGGAAAUGUAAUCUGUUAUUUGUAGGAUUGAAAAUAUAUAUAUUAUAUUUUUGUUCUAGCAUUCUGGAAAGAAGCUAAAGCUAAUAUUUUCAUCAACUUCUUUCACUUCAGAUGUAUUACAUCUGUUUAACUUUGGCACUUUUCUUUGUGCUUUCAGGUCUGUGGUGUCACAGUUUGUUUAAUACAGUAGGUUUGUAUUUUAGUAGAACUUCUGUUUUGUGAAUUUAAGAUUAUUUCUGAUAAAUUGUGUUCCAGAGGUACACAAUAAGAUACUGUAUGUAUCUAAAAUUUUAAAUUAAAUGUAAUGUGACUAAGUCACAUUUUAAUAUGUAAAUAGAGAUUGAAGAUCUUGCAUGCAUAUACAUUUAUUAAUCAGUGCCAAGAAGUAAAUAUUGUCCUUAGCUUUCUAUUAGUUUUUUAAAUUUCCAGAAUUUAUAUAAGAGUCUUAAUAUCUUAAAAAAGGAAGCUAGUAAAAAAAUAACAUUAAUACCUUCAAAAUGUUACAAAUUUGCACACUACAGAUACAUAUUAAUCUUUUAUCCUUAAAAUUAAUAUUAUACAGGUAGACCAUAGUGGCUUACGUAAGUAUAGUUAAGAGCUUUAGAAAUUUAAUUUAUGCUAGAUUAUCUGUCCAGUUUUGUCUUCCACCAACCAAGUACACGCACAAUCUCCAGGUUAUUCUUGGCACUGUUGUUUCAGUUCGACUUUGUCUCCUUAUUUAUUUAUUUAAAUUUCCUCUGUUUUUUCUGUGUGUUUAUCCCAAUCAAGUUCAGUGUUUGUUUACUAGCUGAUGGCUGUCUAAGCUGCAGCUGCUUAAUAAAAUUUAGGUAUGAUUCCUUUACUUGGAUAUACAAGUUUAAAGCCUCCUUAAAGGAUGGAUGUAAGUGGAAAGGAUUAGAAUAGUGUCUUGGAAAGACUUUUGAAAUGUAACAUUGUGUUAAAUGGGACAGAAAAUCGUUUGGUGUUUACUGACGUAAUCAUAUUCUGAUCUAACUUCCACACACAUUGUGAAAUGUUGGUUUGCACAAUUUAACAUAUCAGGUGAAUUAAUUUGCUAAAAUUCACAAACUAUUGACAUAUUACUUGGUUUUGCAAUAAAAAGACUGGUGAAUGUCAUGGCAUAGCAAAACAUAACUUCUUAUUGAAGUGUAGGACCAUGUUUACUAGUAUUAUGAAAUAUUAAGGUUCGAAAAUGGCAGUUUUAAUCCAGAAAAUUUCCAAAGUGAGCGAUUUCCAACAAAAAGUAAUUUUGGUUACAAGCUGCAUUAAAAAUAGUAUUGCUAAGACUGUAGUUCAGUUUAUGUGUGUGUCUGCACUGUGGACAAUAAAGAACCCAGGACUGUACUUUUUUUAUUUUUAUUUAAAUAAAACAGGGGGAUUAAACUUUGUCCUGGCUAAAUCCUGUUAAUACAGGAUUAAAAACAUAGAAUGUAUCAAAACAUUGAGUCUGCUGAAUUAUUUUUGGCCUCAGGCUUUCUUUGAUUAUCUCAGUUCUCAAAUUGUCAUUUAAAGUACUCUGUUGUUAAGCCCUGGAAGUUAAAUGAUUCCAUGCUGCCAGUAAUUGGAAAUUCAGGCUGUAUUUUUACAUGUAGUUUAACAUAUUACAGCUGAGAUGUCUGGAACCCACAAUUCUUGAAACUAUCUUUCAAAUACUUAAUAAAAAAAUAAUUAUGAGCUGACAGAUUUUUUUUUUCUUAAGCACUUGUUUUAGGUGAUAGUAGAUUUUUACCUGGGUUUGAGUUAGAACUUGAAGAUAGGUAACUCUUUUGCUUUGAGAAUUAAGUCUAUUUGUUUUGUCUAACUGGAUGGAAUGUUCCUAACUUUACCAUUACAAUUGGUGUGUUUUUGGGAGAAAAGUCAUUUGUCUUAAUUCUCCAACUUAACAACAGUCGCUCUGAGGCCCUGAUUCUCUGUUAGUCAUUGUUAGACAAGACAUGCAAACCAUUUGCAGUUGACUGCUUGCAUACAUGUCAAAAUUUGUUUGACUCAAACAAUGUGCAUCUUUUAGAAGACCAAAGUGACAAAACUGUUGCAGGAUUAAUUCAUUUUUCCCCACAAGUACUAACAAGGUCACAAAAAUAGUUUUAAAACACUGUACAGUGCCCCAUGGCUAAUUUUUUAGCCCACACUGAUGCCUGCUGAUUGGAGGGGAUUUUCAAAAUAGCCCUAGAAAAGUUAUGGUCACCUCUGCGCCUAUGGGGCAAGCAUGAGAGCUUCCUCCCAAACAUCUAAAAGCUCUAUCACUCUGUGAGUGCUCUUUCUUUAGGAUAUGUGGUUGGUAUACACUCUCUUUAUAGUGUAUGCAACAUAAUAGUUCUAUUUCAUAAAUGCAGCUUUUGAAUGUAAUGUACAUGUUUGUGUAAUACAGUAUUCACUAACGCAUAGAAUUUCAGUCAACAUUAAAUAAGAAAAAAGCAGCUAAAAUACAGUGUGACUCCAGGAUCAAAAUUGAAACUAACAGAUGAAGUAGAUAAGAAAAUUAAUAAAUAUAAUAUACUUCUGGUCAAAAGUUUUAGAACACCUAAGUUUUUUCAGUUUUUAUGGAAAUGCAUUCAGUUUGAUGUUUCAUUAAAUCAAGACAUAGAACAAAUAAACAGUUGCAAAAAAAAUAAUUCAAUGAAUCAUUAAGUGUACAAAAUUUUAUUCAAACUUUUGAUUUAUCAAAAUAUAUGCGUCAUUGUUUAUAUAAGGGCAAUCAGAAAUUGGUUAGAAAGAUCUUCCAAACACUGUUGCAGAAGUUCCCAAAAAGGUGUUGCACUUGUAGGUUGUAUUUCUUUCACUCUUCUGUCCAGUUCAUCCCAAAUUAACUCAAUGGGUUUAAGUCUGGAGACUGUGCUGGCCAUUCUGUUUUGAAGUGUACCUUUUUGUUCUUUUUUUAAUGUAGUUCUGACAUAGCCUGGAGGUAUGAUUUAAGUCAUUGUCUUCCUUUAGGAUGAACCCAUGACCUUCUAGACGCAGACCAGAAGGUACAAAAUGCUGUGGUCACCCAUUUGAUUCAGUAUGCCACUCACUCUGUGCAAGUCACCAAAUCUGCCUCCAGUUACAGAACCCCAGACACUUCCUAUGUUUAACAGUUGGUGUCACACAUUAAGGAACCAUCCUUUCAGGCAUAUAAACACCCUGCGCGAUGAACCGAAGAUGUUUUUGAUUCACCUGUCCAUAAGACUUUCUUCCAGUCUGCAGUAGUCCUCCUCAGUAUUUCAUGUAGCUUAUUUUGUCCUUUUAGUUAAGAAUGGCUUUCUUACUGCCAGUCGCCAAUGUCAAACUUGCACCACAACGUCUCCUCUUCACAGCAGAAACUGAAAUUUGCUUUUUUCGAACACAGAGUUUCUUCCAGUUUCCAAUUGUCUUUGGAUUGUGUAGGACACCGUACUCGCUGACAGUUUGAUUUGUAUUUGUUUAUUUUAUUUUUUUUUGCAAUUUCUCUAAAUGAAAGGCCUACACUUCUAGGGGUAAUAAUGCUGUGUCUUGUUUCAUUUGUCAAUUGCUAUUUUCUUGUCAUUAUCACUGGAAUUUACAACUUUCUGCAGUGUCCAAAUAGUAGUACUGUACAAUGGAUGUAGGCAGUCUGUUCCAACUCUGCUUUAAGACAGCCUUAGAGUUUUUAAGUAAUCAACAGAAUUUGGGACACCUGUGCAAAUUGUUUGCUUUAAUUUGCAAGACUUAAUUUACUUAAAUUGUCGCAGAACAUCUGUAGGUUGUAACCUAUUAGUUGUUACCUAAAGAAGGCCUAUUUGUAAUAUUCUGAAAUUUCCUUUU